AUGGAUGAGACUAGUUUAUUUUACAAACAGGGGAAAUCUACAACAUUCUGUGUUGCAGGCUCAGAUCUGGCUGGUGGUAAAAGAGCCAAAGACAGGAUUACUGUUGCGUUGUGUGCAUCUAUGACUGGUGAAAAACUUAAGCCAUUGGUCAUUGGGAAGUCGCGAAAGCCGCGGUGUUUCAGUAGGAUAAAUGUUGAUUCUCUGUCGGUAACUUACCGCUUCAACAAGAAAAGUUGGAUGAACAGCGGAUUGUUCGAGGAAUGGUUAAGUAGUGUUGAUAAGCAGAUGAAACGUCAAAAAAGGAAUAUUCUGUUGUUCCUAGACAAUGCGCCUUCUCAUCCAAACAUUCAGUUGAGCAAUGUAAAAGUGGUGUUUCUCUCUUCAAACACGACAUCAGUAGCACAACCUAUGGAUCAGGGGAUCAUUCAAACCAAGAAACCUAAAUUCUAUCAGCAACAGAGUCAGCAUAUUAUUAAUGAGAUGGAGAAAUCUACUCAGAGUGGUAGUGAACUGCUGAAACAGAUAUCUGUGUUGGACACUAUCUUCUGGAUUAAUCGAGCUUGGAAAACUGUUGACGCAACCACAACAAUGAAGUGUUUUGACAAGUGUGGGUUCGAAAAAGUAAGACAGACACCAAUUGAGACUGAAAGUCAUAGUGACUGUGAUUCGGAUGAUGACAUUCCGCUCAUAGAGCUUGCACGUAGUCAGGGUAUAUAUGGUACAGACAUCCGUGAAAUAUCAAUGAUGAUAUUCCGACCUGUGACAACAGUGAAAUAG